GGGCUCACCGCGCGGGAAGCGGCGGGCCCCAUCCCGCCCGGCAGCCGGGGCGGAGGCUCAGCGCAGAGCCGCGGUGCCGGCUGCCGCUCCGCCCCAAGGUACGGCGGCCGCGAAGGGCCGCGGCGCUGCGACGGCGCGAGCGGGGAAGCGUCGAUCGCCCCGCGAGGCGCCGGUGGGGGCGGAAAGGCGAGCGCGGGCAGUUCAACGGAGAACAGCACAGGGAAAGGCAGAUACAGGAUUCUCUGUUUAAAAUAAGGAGGUAGCAGAAUUUAAUGUCUUGCAAGACAGCGAUGGCUUUUCCUCUAGAAUUUGAAUAUGGAGGCCACAGGGACAGAUGAAGUGGAAAAAAUAAAAUCAAAGUUUAUGUCAGCAUGGAACAACAUGAAAUACAGUUGGGUGUUGAAAACAAAAACUUACUUCAGUAGAAACUCCCCAGUCUUUCUGCUGGGAAAAUGUUACCACUUCAAAUCUGACGAGUCUGGUGAAUUCUCUACAGAGGGUUCCAACUUUGAUAAAAUCAACACAGAGAUUUCAGGAAACGUUGAGGAGUUUCGUAAAGAUUUCAUUUCUAGAAUAUGGCUGACUUACCGAGAGGAAUUUCCUCAGAUAAAGGGCUCUGCACUAACAACAGACUGUGGCUGGGGCUGCACGCUCAGAACUGGUCAGAUGUUGCUGGCUCAAGGCCUUAUGCUUCAUUUCCUUGGUAGAGCCUGGGUCUGGCCAGAUGCCUUGGACAUUGAAAAUUCAGAUUCUGACUCCUGGACAGCCCACACAGUUAAAAAACUGACAGCAUCGUUGGAAGCAUCGCUUACAGCAGAAAGAGAACCCAAGAUCCUGUCAAACCAUCAGGAGAGAAUAAGAAGAAACUGUGGUGACGGUGAAAUGAGAAAUGAAAUUUAUCACAGAAAAAUAAUUUCUUGGUUUGGCGACUCUCCGCUGGCAGCUUUUGGCUUACAUCAGCUAAUAGAAUAUGGAAAGAAGUCUGGGAAAAUUGCUGGAGAUUGGUAUGGGCCUGCAGUUGUUGCACACAUUUUAAGAAAAGCUGUUGAAGAAGCAAGAGACCCUGAACUGCAGGGAGUAACAGUCUAUGUUGCUCAGGAUUGCACAGUCUACAGCUCAGAUGUUAUUGACAGACAGUGUUCUUUUAUGGAUUCUGGAGAAACAGACACAAAAGCUGUAAUUAUAUUAGUUCCAGUGAGACUCGGUGGAGAAAGAACAAACAUGGACUACUUAGAGUUUGUAAAGGGUAUUUUAAGCCUUGAGUAUUGUGUUGGUAUUAUUGGUGGCAAACCCAAGCAGUCGUAUUACUUUGCUGGAUUUCAAGAUGACAGUUUGAUUUACAUGGAUCCUCAUUACUGCCAAUCUUUUGUAGAUGUCAGCAUAAAGGAUUUCCCUCUUGAGUCAUUCCACUGUCCUUCUCCCAAAAAGAUGUCAUUCAAAAAAAUGGAUCCGAGCUGUACGAUAGGAUUUUACUGUAGAACUGUGCAGGACUUUGAGAAGGCUUCUGAGGAAAUAACAAAGAUGCUGAAAUCCUCAUCCAAGGAAAAAUACCCCUUGUUUACUUUUGUGAAGGGUCAUUCCAGAGACUAUGACUUUGCUUCCAGUCCACUCCAUGAAGAAAAUGACCUUUUCUCUGAGGAUGAAAAGAAAAGAUUAAAGAGAUUUAGUACUGAGGAGUUUGUCUUGCUGUAAGGACAUUUCCCACCAGGUUAUUGGCAGCUGUCCAGGAGAACACUUGCCUUUAAAAAAAAAUAAAAUAAAAUGUGUCCUCCUCCUCCGAAAAGGCAAGCCGUGCUGAAAUUGGUCUAUUUUCAUAAAGAUGAUAAUGUUUUAUAUGUUAAUAGUCUUCAAAAUGUCAUUUCUAAAUGUAUGUACUAAUUAUUGUGGUUCACCACUAGCUGGAUGAUGUUCAGGUUGCCUUGUGCUGGUGCAGAGGGGUGGCAGUGCUUAGAGCCAGCUCUGCUGGCUCUGCCUGGGUCCUGGUGUCACCUCCUAAAAAGCUGCUCCCAACCCUGACCUGCAGCCCUCAGGUUCUUCAGUGUGGGACAGCUCCUGAGCAGAGCUCAGUGCUUUGGUUUUCCAUCACAGGCACGCAGCCAUGGGUUUGGGGACCGUGUUAUUACAUGUGGUGAGGGCAGAGCUCUGACCUGGUUCACCGGUAAGCCCAAAUAAUAGUUAAUGCAGUAAUUGUGAGUUACCUUUCUUACACCGCGCUGCUCAGAUGUGAGUUUGAUACAGCAGUAGUAAUUGUCAGUUGCAAUACUGAUAUAAUUAUAUAGGCUCAAUUGUGAGUUAAGAUACUAUUUAGCAGUAUGAUUUUAUAAUGGUUUCUCAUUAAGCUUGCUUUGGAACCUUAAUAUGAGGAGUGAAGAUAAAGUAUUACCUUGCCCCACAAUUUUUAAAGGUUAUACUAUUAAAUUAACUGCAACCAAUCAAAGCAGCUGAGGACAAUUACUAGAAGAGUGGUGUUUGUUUCCUGAUCCAACGAUUGCAGUGCUGAGGCUCCUUUCCUACUAGUGCAGCUUCUAGAUCAAAGCAAACAGGGCAGUGGGUGUUUAAAAUUCCAGGGUGUGAUUAUUUUUUUAUAUGUUAUUACUGUACAAAUGAUGACUUGAUAGUGUGUGUUCUCAAACUGCAAACAAAUGUACAUAAACAGGUUCAUGUUUUAACAAAGUAAAUGCAAUAUUUAAAAUAUGUAUUAACGCUGCUUAGAAAAUAAAAAAGGUGUGAGACAUGAAA